CAAACAAAAAUGGAAAAGCCGCCCCAAACCCAAACUCAAACUCCACCCCUACCGCCCCAAAACAAAUCCCAUAUUUUCGCACAUCUUCUCCAUCUUCCCAACAAGCCACAGCAGCGAGGAUUUUUGCAGGUAUUUUUUUUUUUGUUAUAAUUCCGUCGCGUGUGAAACACGCGGAAGCCAUCAAAUCGAGCCAACCCGGCGCGCCAGCCCGCCUCCCACCUUUAAGCGCCGCCUCGAGUCGGCACUAAUUGUAGAGUUUUUUUCUUCUGUCUCUCUUUCAAAAACCCUAGCCGCUUUUCUUCUCCCUCUCCAACAGAGCUUUUUCCCUGAUUUUUGGAAUUCGUAGAGUUUUUCAACGUAAUAUCUAAUGGCUGGCCCGUAUCGAUCGAGAGAGGGAUUAAGCACCAGAUCGGCGGCGUUUGGUGGCAAUUCAGAUGAGUUUCAGGUGCGAAUCGAGCCCGACUUUGACGAGGAGGUCAGCGGUCUUCGCAAGCAAGUUCGACGGUUACGUGAUGUAGCUCAAGACAUCGAGACAGAAGCUAAGUUUCAGAAUGAUUUCCUUAAUCAAUUGCAAAUGACAUUGAUCAAAGCUCAGGCUGGGGUGAAAAACAACAUGAGGAGACUGAACAAGAGCAUUGUCUGGGAAGGGUCGAGCCAUGUCAUGCAUGUCGUUCUUUUUGCAUUGUUAUUAUUCUUUGUUGUGUACUUGUUAGCCAAAAUAUCUCGAAGAUGAGGGCUCGAGCAAACUGUCGUGUACCUCCAUAACUUAUAAAGGUCGCUGUUUGUAUUGACAUACGUAACAUCCUAAGCAACUUCUUGUAAAUACUCUCAUUUGGCACUUUGUUUGCAAGUCGCUUUUUUAAGCUUGUGUGUAUGGAAUUAUUACAAGGAAUAGCAUAUUAUUUCUGCCUUCUA